AUAAACUGUUCUUUGCAGAGCAUUUCCUUUUGAUUCUAGGCUCUUUGUCUCUAAUUUGUGAAUCCCGUAUAGUUAUGCUUUACUAGUGCUUCAAAGUGUUGGAAUAAACGAUACCUUGUACUUUGUAUUGCUUCUGGUUUCAGCUACCGCGCGGGCAGUCAUAUUUUUGAACCUCUCUAAAAUGACUGUAAUCUGUAAAAGUUCUUUUUUAUUUUGUUAUGGGAAACAUCUUUUCUAGAUCCGUUAGCGAUUCAGGUACAGAGCGCAAUAAGAGAUCGCUUGAAUCGGAGGAGAUUCGACAAUCUAAGCGUGUUCGAACUGAUCAGAAUGUCAAGGAAAGUGACGUGGGUAUUGAAGCCUUUGUCAAUCCUGGUCUACAAGGAUUUCAUAGCAUCUUGAAAUACAGAGCUGAAGACUUUCUAGUGAAUGAGGUUGAUAUGGAUAACAAUAUCAUACAUCUUGUUUCUUUAGAAGGACCGUCCACGGAUCAAAAAAUGAAUAUUCUUGAACCUGAAGAGUUUGAUCAGCGUUUGGCAGACAUCUUUGGACAAGAGUUUUCUAAGCAGUUCCGUGAUUUCCUAAAUAAGCCUGAAGACAAGGAUGCUAUAGUUACCACGACAGCCAAUAAAGAUCAACGCAUUGAAUUCUAUCAUCUCGUUGAGAAUAGCUUGGAAACAAAGAUAAAUAGUCGCGGUAAGGAAGGACAGUUGAUCAUUGGAUGGCCCAACUCAGAGGAUGACUAUCAGGAUGAAUAUAUUGAAUGGGACAAAAUGCCUGGGGAAUACUUGCAGGUGCAUAUGUAUAAAUCAAGUAUUGACACCAUGAAUGCGAUCAACAUCAUUUCAAGCAAAUCGGGUGUUCAUGCAAAACAUUUUGGUUAUGCAGGAACUAAGGAUGCUAGAGCUAUUACAACACAAGCACUAACGCUGAAAAGAAUUAAACCUGGACGUCUUUUGAAGGCAAGGGAUGAACUAUUGAAAAGUGGAAUAUAUAUUGGUGACUAUAAAUAUGUUCCUAAAGGAUUAACCCUUGGUGAUCUUGGUGGAAACCAUUUUACGAUUGUACUUAGAAAUGUGCAAGGCAUUAGCGAGAAAGAUAUACAAACUUCUUUGGAGUCUCUAAGAGAUAAUGGCUUUUUAAAUUAUUUUGGCAUGCAGCGAUUUGGAACUAGUACAGUACUGACUCAUACCAUUGGAUGUGCUAUCAUGAAGCGCGAGUAUGAAGAAGCAUCUAAUUUGAUUCUUUACCCAAGAGAAGGAGAGCGUGAAGAUUAUGCAAACGCAAGACAAGUAUGGAAAGAUACAAAAAAUGCCGAGGCUGCUCUUGCCAUUUUUCCAAAGCGAGCCAUGCCUGAGCGUAAACUUCUUGGCUUUUAUUCUAGGUUUCCUGAACAACAUAAGAAGGCAAUCAAAAGUUUACCUAAGCAUUUGCUCUCGUUGUACUCUCAUGCAUACCAAUCUUAUGUUUGGAACCGCGUGAUAUCUGAACGUGCCAAGCGAUAUGGCUGUGACAAGCCUUUAGUGGGCGACCUUGUCCUUGUUGAAAAUGAGAAUACAAAGCCUAACAAACAAAACUCCAAAAAAGCAAACGCUGGAAGGCGCAAUUUUACCGACCGUAAAGUGCCAAAGAUACUUACAGAGGAAGAUAUAGACAAGUACUCUAUCCUGGACAUCGUUUACCCCUUGCCCGGAAAAUUAUCAGUCUAUCCUGAGAAUGAGAUAAAGGAAGUAUACAGGGCUGUCAUGGCUGAAGAUGGGAUCAUGAUGGAUAGAAAAGAAUAUUUUGAAGGAUUGAAUGGUGACUAUCGAGCUAUAUUAACUAAACCAAGAAAUAUGAGCUGGUCAUGUAUUCACUAUAAUAAUCCAGAAGAGAGGCUAUGUAACACAGAUGUAGAUAGACUUCAGGCCUUGCCUGAGCCCACUGGUGUAGAAGAUGGUAAGUAUCUGGCAUUAAAGGUUGAAUUUACCUUGGGAACAAGCCAAUACGCAACCAUGGCAUUAAGAGAAAUAAUGAGAGCAGAGACUUCAUCUCAAGCUCAAUCUGCUAUUUUGCACCAUUAAACAUAAAUAAUUGCACCAAUGUUUAUCAUGCCACUUUUAUGCGUAUUGAUAAUUAUUUAUUUCUCACACUACUAGUGCAACAUAUUUUCACUGAGCUUAAAAAGUAUCAAAUAUACCCCUUAUAAUUCCCACUUGCUGAUAUACCGUAGCCAAAUUAAGAUAACACUAUCUGUUAUUUAAAGAGGCAUUU